GGGGGUGCAGAAGGGAACGAAGAAGAAGGACGGCAGGGGGAAGGACGCCAGCGGGGCCGAGGUUGCCAGACACGCGCCGCACCAUUGUACUGCGCUGUUCUUCUCGUACAACACCCAUGUGGGGCGUCCCUAUCAAGUGAUCGUUGACACCAACUUCAUAAACUUCGCCAUCAAGAACCAGGUGGACUGCGCCUGGAGGCUGGAAGUCUUCGAAUCCGCCUCGACAGCUUUUGCAACGAGCAGAGCAAGGCCCACUGCCUUUGCACCUUGA